CUGAACAUUUUCUUCAGGAAAAAACGGGACCGUUCACUGGAAACACAAGAUAACAGUUCUGACUCGGAACGAAAACUCUCGGAUCGUGACAGUGAUUUCGAGGAAACGACGUUGUCGAAAAACCGCAAAAGAACAAUGACCAAAACAGCAUUGGAAUCGUAUCCAGCAGCCACACCGAAGAAGCGUAGAACUACACCACCUUUGGAAACACCUAAGAAAGUGACACAAUUUUGGCUCUUUGAAAGCGACUCAGACGGGGAAUUGGAGGCGGACAAAGAACACGAAGAGCGAGUGGAGCAGCGGAAAAACCAGGAACGAGAGAGAACUGAUGAAGAAGAUAGACAACACAAGAACGAGGAAGACGAAUCUUUUGCAACAUGCAGCAACAUGACAACGGAUUACAUCCGCACAUGGCAGACAGGAGGGAGCAAUUUGGACAAUAAAAGAGCGGAGCAAGAUGGAAUUUUGGAUAAAAUUAAACGAGAGGUUCCCUCUGAGGAGUCUGACAACGGUGUCGCAGGUGCUAUUGCCAAUGAGGACAAUGUGAAUGAGCAGCACCAGAUAUUCGCCAUCGGGAAAACCAGUGAUGGAAGAAUAAGGGUGUUAGUUGGCACGGAUGAGACGAAAAGGGUUGUUUCCUUACGUGCUCGUGCGAUUCCACGCUGGCUUAUCAGCUCGAGUGUUUCUGGAGACAAACGUCUCGUGGUGACUUUCAUACUCUCAGCUUGCAUACCACUGACGUAA